ACUGGCCCUAAGGUAACCCCGAGCCCACUGGAUGAGUCUCAGCCCGAGGACAGGAGAGCUGCCAUGUCCGCGGCGGCCGAUGGCCCCCUGGCGAAAGCUCUGAAGGUUGGCGCCGCUGCACCCGCGGGCAGCCCUGGCGCAGCCUCGAAGGCGCCCGCUGGGUCUCUGGAGACGGUGCUGAGCCCGCACGGGAAGCAGCAGGCGGCGAAGAUGGCGAAGUUGCCGAAGGCGCCGCCUCUGAAGGCAACGGCAAAGGCAGUUCCCAAGGCUGCGAAUGCGCCGCCGACGCCCGCGGCCGCGGCCGCCGCCCCCGCCCCGGCGACCGCCCAGCCCGAGCCAGCAGCUGGGGCGGCAGCGCCAGGCAGCCCAGGCGAGCCCCUUCCCCAGUUGGCGGCAGCACCCGCGGCGGCAGCCAAGGGCCAGGCGGCCUUGGCCCCGGCGGCGGAGGACCAGGCGGCCCCGGCGGCUGAGGUUGAGGGCGCAGCUGCAGGCUCACUUGAGGAUGUCAUAAUGCAGCCCGCGGAUGGAGCGCCGAUCACUCCCGCUGCGGCUGCUGUCGAGGCGGAGGAGGUGACUGGGACGGCGACGCCGCUGGGGCCCGCAGCGCAGUCGCCAUGUGCCAGCAUCCUCGGGAACGCAGCACUUGGGAGUGGGCCUUGUACGCCUUUGUCUUCGUCUUUCAGCGACGGUGCCAGCGCCAUGAUCGCGGGCGGCCCUGAGAUGUCGCCGCGCCAGUGCCAGGAGUUCAACUGCAGCAAGUGCAAGCAGGACCUGAGCGUGAUGAUGCUGGCCCCCAAGUGCAAGAAACCCGGCAACAAGUCUUCGAAAGUGUGCUCAGUUUGCGUGGCGUGCUACGGCAAGCUGCAGCGGCGCUGGGCGAAGAACAGCAGGUUGAAGACUUGGUGGGAGGCCAAGACGGAGGAUGAGCAGACCCAGUGGUAUUUGGAGUGCUUCGAGAACAAUUCAGGCAAUGAGAGCGGCGGGGAGCUCAAGAUCGAGCUGGAGGUCGUGGAGAAGGACGAGGAGAACCAGCGAAAGCAGUAUAUGUGGAAGCCGUGGAAGCAGUACAAGAAGGACCUCUUCAUGGAGGGGUUCACCGAGGAGAAAGAUCAGCUGAUUGAGUGGAGGAAGAGGUUGCAAGACAAGGAUUACAAGAAGUGGUAUACCGCGAACGAGUGGCACAUCGGGGAGUACCUCGGCAUCUUGGAUGAGGGCGUGAAGUCCAAGGCCGUCGUCAGCCGCCAACGCAAGAAGUCGAGUGGCUUCGACGGCGUGGACGACGCAGCAGCCAAGCUGGAGCAGCAGCAGGAGGACUACAAUCGCAUUGCCAGCGGCCUGAAGGCUGCGUGGCCAGGACAUCAACACCACAAGCCCGAGAGCGGGCCUGCCGCGAACAUCCCAGAGGAAUGGGUCCAGGGUGCAGUGGGCGCAGAUGGUGACUUGCAGGAGCGCGACUCGCUGCCCAACCUGCUCAGUGAUACCGUCACUGAGAUGGCCGAGCAGCGCGAGAUCGAGGUGACGAGAGAGCUGCAGGAGGAGAUGCAGGCCCAGGCUUUCCCUGAGAAGAAGAAGGAAGUGGACAUCAGGGCCGCGAAGAUGGACAUGCAGAACGCGACGGAGAAAAGCAAGGCCAAGUUGAAGAGCAUGGUCGAAACGUUGGAUCUGGAGGCCAAGGGGACCAUCGCCACGAUCAAGGAGCGCUUGUUCCCGAAAGGUGCUGCCGUCGAUGAGCUGUUUCUCGGGCUCCUCGCGGAGUGGGACAGCGCCUGGGGCGAGGUGAAGACCGAGUUGGAGGCCUACAGCGGCGAGCACGACGCGAUCCUCAGUGCCGCGAACGACGCCCAGCCCGGCUUCAAUUUCCAGGCGGAGAAGGCGAAGGUGAAGGCGAUGAGCGGGACAUUCAGCCGAGCGGGCGGCCCGUUCAAGAAGGCCAAGAAGGCAUGUUCGGCAUUGCAAGCAGCCCUCAGCAAGCGCCUCACUACCAGCACAGGCGGCGGAGGAGGCUCGAGCAAGAAGAUGAAGUUGGCCAUGGACAAAGAUUGCGUUGCGCCUCCUACCCAGUUGGACGAGUCCCACCUCAGCGCAGCCAUGGCGGUCUGGUGCAACGUGAAGGGCGCCCCCGUCAACAUGAACAACACCCUGAGCUUGGCCGCGCCUGGGGCGCCCGUCCUCCACGCGGCUUCGGAGGUCCUCUCGUUGCUGCAGGCCGAGAAGUCCUACGGCGAGUGCCGCAAGUUCGUCGAGAACACCGCGAAGGAGAUGGCUGGCAAGCAGUACUGGACCGUCAAGGAGUGCCGCAGGCGCACGUGUGCUUGAAGUUGGAUUUCCUCGUGAGCGGGCUGCGAGGGAAUUUCGACUUGAGUGGCCAGCCUCCUGUUGGCACCCCGCGCAAGCACAGAGACCUGAUUCGCAAGGAUGUCCUUGGCGCGCAGGUCUUCCACGCGGGAGAAAAACAUUUGUAUUUUGGUGCUGCGCCGUUUGGAGCUCCAGAGCUUCGUCUGAUCGAACAGGGGCAAGAGCUGGUGCUAGGGGUUCGCUUCCCAGAAAAUGCGAGCUACGCCCACGUCACUGCGCAGAUUCGCGCGAUGAGCGGUGCAGAGCUCUUGACCUUGGCCAAGGAGCCAGCUAAUUUCGCAUGCGUUGCCCAGGCAGGAGAUAUCCUGUUCCUGCCUGCUGGUUUUCUGAUUUUGUCGUUUAGGCCAUCCGCCGUGGUGGGCUUCAGGUGGGGCUGUUUGCCGCCGUGGGCGGGCGACGCGAGUCGGUCGCUGAAGGUCGUCAGCGCCCUGAUGGACUGCUUCCCCGCACUGUCAGACACCAAGCUCAAGCCUUGGCGCGAGUGCUUGGUCGAGGUCACCAGCAAUUCGGACUCCAAGGCAGCCUCGUCGUCCGACGGGGGACAGGCCAAAUGGGGUGCAUGAGCACACGCGGUCUGCGGGGGCAGCAAGACCUCGGCCCCGGCAGCCCACUGGCGGCGCGAGUAGCAACGGGGGGGGGACGAUGAAGAAGAGAGAGGAGGAGGAGAAAACAUAAGGAGGUCGCACGACGGA